AUGGCAUACGUCGUGCCGAUUCAUAGGGCAAGCAGCAUUCGUCAUGCUCUCAAGCUGAAUUUCAUGAAUCCGGAGGAGGACUGUCUGGUCGUCGCGAAGUCUAAUCGACUCGAAUUCUACUCUCCCACGCCAGAUGGAUUGGAUCUUGUGGCCUCGUGCGCCAUCUAUGCGAGGGUGACAAUGCUGGCUCGCCUUCCGGCUCCGGCUAAUUCCCCUACGGACCAUCUAUUCGUCGGCACCGAUCGAUACACCUACUUCACAUUAUCUUGGGACAGUUCAGAAAAGCGAGUCCGCACGGAACGUGACUAUGUCGACAUGUCGGAUCCAUCAUCGCGGGAGUCGCAAACGGGAAACCGAUGCUUGAUCGACCCAAGCGGACGGUUCAUGACCUUGGAAAUAUAUGAAGGUGUUAUUGCAGUCAUACCGAUUAUUCAACUACCAAGCAAGAAAAGAGGGAGGGCUGUGGCCUUGCCCUCAGGCCCGGAUGCUCCUCGGGUGGGGGAGUUGGGCGAGCCGACAACAGCAAGAAUUGAGGAGUUGUUCGUCCGCUCGUCGGCGUUCUUGCAUGUGCAAGAAGGCCUUCCGCGCCUGGCUCUACUGUACGAAGAUAACCAGAAGAAAGUCAGACUGAGGGUGAGGGAAUUACAAUACCAUGCGGCGACCGGGAGCAACAGCACUGCCGACGCUACAUUCGGGGAACCGGCGGACUUUACCCAAGACCUGGAACUCGGGUCUUCCCACCUGAUCCCAGUGCCUGCUCCUUUAGGUGGGCUUCUCAUCCUCGGGGAAAUGUCAAUCAAGUACGUCGACGCAGAUAAUAACGAAAUUAUAUCCCGUCCCUUGGAUGAAGCGACCAUUUUCGUGGCCUGGGAACAGGUGGAUAGCCAGCGAUGGCUACUUGCUGACGAUUAUGGGAGGCUCUUCUUUCUAAUGUUGGUCUUGGACUCUGACAGCCAAGUCGAGAGCUGGAAGUUAGACCAUCUGGGCAAUACAUCCCGUGCAUCCGUCUUAGUGUACCUUGGCGGUGGUAUCCUGUUCCUGGGUUCGCAUCAGGGGGACUCUCAAGUGCUGCGCAUCAGCAAUGGACCAUUGGAAGUGGUACAAACCCUAUCAAACAUAGCGCCGAUAUUGGAUUUCACGAUAAUGGAUCUUGGCAACCGCUCGAGUGAAAGUCAGACCCACGAAUUUUCGUCAGGCCAAGCAAGGAUUGUCACUGGCUCCGGCGCCUUUGACGACGGAACACUCAGGAGCGUCCGCAGCGGAGUUGGAAUGGAGGAGCUGGGUGUCCUUGGUGACAUGGAUCAUAUCACAGACCUGUGGGGCUUACAGGUAGGAAGCAGCGGCGAUUUCUUGGACACACUUUUGGUCACUUUUGUCGAUGAAACCAGAGUAUUCCGUUUCAGUUCCGACGGCGAGGUGGAAGAGAUGGACCAUUUUCUUGGGUUGAGCCUUUCAGAAAGCACUCUUCUGGCGACCAAUCUGCCCGGUGGGCGAAUAUUGCAGGUCACUGAGCAGAGGGUCCUCAUUGCAGAAAUAGAGGGCGGAAUGGUAAUCUACGAAUGGACUCCACCGAACCAGUUCAUUAUAACUGCCGCCUCUGCCAACGAUGAUUCCAUCGUUCUUGUUGCAGGCGGCGAGCUUGUGACAGUCUUGAAUAUUACCAACGAAGUCCAGGUCGUAACGCAGAAGGACUUUGGGGCAGAUAGUCAGAUUUCUGGUGUCACAGUACCCUCAUCCCCGACUGGGGUCUGCAUUGCCGGAUUUCCCCAGCUGGCAAAAGUUUCAGUACUAAAGCUUCAGGAUCUGUCCGAGCUUCAUACGACGUCAGUGGGCAUGGCUGGUGAAGCUUUUCCUCGUUCGGUUCUCGUGGCGAAUGUGCUCACAGACAGCCCGCCUACUCUCUUUGUUUCUAUGGCGGAUGGCAGUGUGAUCACUUACUCAUUUAACACGAAUAACUUCUCAUUGACUGGAAUGACCAAGCUAAUAUUGGGCUCUGAGCAACCUACUUUCAAGAAAUUACCAAGAGGCUCUGGCUUGUUCAACGUCUUCGCUACAUGCGAGAACCCUAGCAUGAUCUACGGCUCAGAAGGGCGGAUUAUAUACUCUGCAGUGAACUCCGAAGGCGCCUCCCGGAUAUGCCAUUUUAACUCGGAGGCCUAUCCAGAGUCGAUAGCAGUCGCAACAUCUCAUGACUUGAAAAUCGCUCUGGUGGACAAGGAAAGAACAACACAAAUCCAAACGCUUCCAAUCGGGGCAACGGUCAGACGUGUAGCAUACUCGCCUUCUGAGAAGGCUUUCGGUAUUGGUACCAUCGAGCGGAAGCUUGUCGACGGAACUGAGAUCGUCAAAAGCAGAUUUGUGCUUGCUGACGAGAUAUUGUUCCGUCGCCUUGACGCUUUCGAGUUGCGGCCUGAGGAGUUAGUGGAAAGCGUCAUCCGUGCGGAGUUCCCGGCGGGCAAAGGUGCAAAUGACAGAGAUGAGGUCAAAGAUCGAUUCAUUGUUGGGACAGCGUACUUGGACGAUGAAGGAGACGAGUCAAUCCGUGGUCGUAUCCUGAUCUUUGAGGUUGACAAUGGCCGAAAACUGACUCAGGUUGCUGAGCUACCCGUCAAAGGAGCUUGCCGAGCAUUGGCCAUGCUAGGAGACAAAAUAGUGGCUGCACUCGUCAAGACUGUCGUCGUAUAUAAGGUCAUCAACAACAAUUUCGGCGCCAUGAGACUGGAGAAGCUGGCCAGUUAUAGGACCUCAACUGCACCAGUGGACGUAACGGUGACGGGCAAUUUGAUCGCCGUCUCUGAUCUUAUGAAGAGCAUGUGCCUCGUGGAGUAUAAGGAGGGCGAGAACGGCACGCCAGAUACAAUGACAGAAGUUGCGCGCCACUUUCAGACUGUAUGGGCCACUGGUGUUGCCAACAUUGCACCGGAUACUUUCCUGGAGAGUGACGCCGAAGGUAAUUUGAUUGUCCUUCAUCGUAACACCACUGGAGUUGAGGAGGAUGAUAAGCGUCGCUUGGAAGUGACGGGUGAAAUCUCGCUGGGUGAGAUGGUCAACCGCAUCAGACCGGUCAAUAUCCAACAAUUGGCUAGUGUGGCUGUUACUCCACGAGCAUUCUUAGGCACUGUGGAAGGUUCUAUUUACCUAUUUGCUAUCAUCAAUCCCGAUCACCAGGACUUCUUGAUGCGUCUGCAAGCGACAAUUGCAGGAAAAGUCGAGUUGGUUGGAAAUAUUCCAUUCAAUGAGUUCCGAGGCUUCCGCAGUAUGGUGCGUGAGGCUAAAGAACCGUAUCGCUUCGUCGAUGGAGAGCUCAUUGAGCGAUUCCUCACUUGUGAGCCGAGUUUGCAGGAAGAAAUCGUCAGUACGGUGGGCAAAAUGAGUGUAGACGAGGUAAAAGGGAUGAUAGAAGCACUCAGAAGACUGCAUUAG